AUGCUUUCUUCCAGAUUAUUGUCGGACGUGUCUCGGGGCCAAGAAAGAGCACAGACCACUUCCUUCCCGCAACCCAGCUUCACAAGUGAAGUAUGUAAACACCACCACCACCACCACCAACACCCUUCUCUCUCCCAAAUGUCCCUCCUCCGCCUCCCACCCUCUCUCCGACACCUCUCCCUCUCAACCCUCCGAACCCUCACAACAACCGCCCAAAAUGCGCCCCCGCCACCGCCACCGCCGUCCACCUUAACCCUCACCCCCUCAACCCUCAACACCUACGCAAUCACAAACCCUCCCACCCCGCGCAACCUCCGCGUCGCAGCGACCUUCUUCCAGCGCACCGCGCCCGAAAUCCUCUUCACAACGCCGCACUUCCGCUCCCUCCCGCCGUCCCCCUUCCCGGAAGUAACAUUCCUGGGCCGCUCCAACGUCGGGAAAUCCUCCCUCCUCAACGCACUCUUCGGUCGUCCGAAUCAGAAAAUCGCAUACGUGUCGAAACGGCCGGGGAAGACGGUGACGAUGAACGCGUACGGGGUGGGAGGGAAGGGGAUGGUCGGGGCGGCGGCGGGGGGGAAGGGAAAAGAGGCGAGGUGGAAACGUUGGGAUGCGAAGAAGAGUUUGUUGGUGGUGGAUAUGCCGGGGUAUGGAAAUGGGAGUCGAGAGGAAUGGGGACGGGAGGUGUCGAAGUAUUUGAUGGGGAGGAAACAGUUGCGGAAGAGUUAUGUGUUGGUGGAUGCGGAACAUGGGUUGAAGCAGACGGAUCGGUUUCUUUUGCGGAAAUUGAGGUGGGAGGGCGUGCCGUUUCAGAUUGUUUUGAGUAAGGUUGAUAAGAUUUUGUUUCCUCGGGCGAAGAUGCCGAGUGCGGAGAGUUUGGGACGGAGGUUAGGGGUUUUGAGGGAGGUGAAGGAAGGGAUUCGGAGGGAGUUGGAAGAGGAGUUGGAAGGGGGGGUUUGGGUGGGGGAUUUUUUGAAUAAGGGACGCAGGAUUGGGGUUGAUGAGUUGAGGUGGAGUGUGCUGGAGGCUUGUGGGUUGCAGGAUCAGGAGGGGGUGAGGAAGGGGAUGAAUGAGGAUUUUAAGGUGCAGGAGGAUGGGGAUGGGGAAGGAGAUGCUGUCGCUUUCGAUCCCUUACACGGUGAUGAGGAUGCGGAAGAGACUGGGCAACUCGGGAAUGAGGAGCCACUCACACUUUUCGAGGCGGAGACGAUAUGGCGAAAAUCUUCAACGGAAGGUUCGAGGCGGAGACAAUAUGACAAAAAAUGUUCAAUGGAACGAGCAAUAAGAUUCAUCCAGAAAGAGCUUUUGCACUGUGCUAUCUGGGUCUUUUCUAAUUCGGUCAUUUCCAACGCCGGGUUUUCCCAAGUCCAUUCUGAUGUCCUCCGCAAGAUUCAAGAAAGCAGAUCAUGAACAAAUGAAAUCUUCAUCGAAAGAAGGAGUGUCUGUGGGAAUCAUUUUUGGGGUAGUCUGAAGCAUAGAAUGUGAAGUGUCGUGGGCCGAGUGAUUCGAGAGAAGGUGACUCUGGUGAGGUCAUAGCUCGCCUGAAUCGCGUCCAUUGCGUUGAUGGUUGAAGUGAUGGUUGGUGUUGAAGCAAAUCAUGGAUAUGGAAGAAGCCACGUCUGAUCGUGAUGAUGGUUUUUUUUCCCUGGUGAUCGAUGGGGCCAUGCGUGUCAGGCAUCUUGAUUAGAUGUACCACGUGCUCUCAGCGAGGCGUGGGUGCACAUCACGAGACCACUCUUGUCCGGCGUUGAAGACUGAAGAAUCACUGCCAUGACUCUCAGCUAGGACGCUGAACAAAUAGGCACGGCCACGCUCGCAAAGAAGGUCUGCGUAGUACGCUGGUGGGCAGAUAGACACAGCCUUUGUCGCACGGCUGAAGAGGUAGCAGAGGUAGUGUGUGAAUUGCUGAAGUUCAUCCGCCUCAAACUUGAUUUCGUCCUUGAUGACUACGUAGUGAGCGGGUCGUGCUGUGCCUUGAAGUCCUGAAUGUGCCUGUAACCAGAACUCGUAUAGGAUCUUGUCGGCAAUACCACGGUCGACGACUGUGCCCGGGAGUGGGUUCCAAGAACCCUUCUGGCGCUGUGGAUUGUAAUCUGCGUCCUGCUCACGAGUCGGGUAGAAUCGAGUGUGAUGACGCUUGCCAACGAUGAUGAUGGUCAUCUUCGGCCACUUCUCCUUGCUACCGUAGAGCUUCGUAAAGGCCUUUUCGAAAGACGGCAGUUCCAUCUGUAGGACCUGUCUAUACUGGCCUUCCGAGACGCCAUCUCGGUAAAUGAUAACUUUGUUGGGCAGAAAGUUGUUCUUCUUACGCCACAAGUUUAGACGCUCAAUCACCAUUUCUUCGAGCCCAUCAACCAUUUCUUGGCGGCUAUCCUGUGUGCGGAUCGAGCCUGGCCAUUGGAACAGAUGCUCAUCGACGCUGGCAACAAGGGCAGCUAUUGAUGGCGCACCCUUCGAGGAGCCUGGCGACGGGUGGGUAACAUCGAUGCCGAACAGCAUUGUCUUGUUGUCGAGUGGUUUGCUGAAGGUAUUUGGCACAUGGUGCGCUACGCCACCACCCUUCAAGUUGAACUUGAGUGCCAGAUUACCAAUGUACAUGCCCUGUCCAUUAGGCUUCUGAAGCUUCGAUCCUACAGAGCAGACAGUGUGUAUACCGAAUUCAACGUCACCAAAGUAUUUGAUGCGAGCGUACAACCACUUGUCGGCUUCCGGAAUGAUGAUGAAGAGGAACCUAAUGCCUAUGCUCUCCGCCUUCGCGAAGAUGUUACGUAGCUGGCGGUUGUUGAAGUCGCGAUUCUGCAUGACAAGGGUCUCUAGUAGGAUUUCCUGCGUAGGCUUGA